AUGGAUUUUGGGCUAAGCUUCGGCGCUGUCGGCGACUUUAUUUCGAUUGCCCUGCUGAUAAAGGACAUUGUCGCCUCUCUCGAUGACUGUCGGGGCUCGGCCAAGCAAUAUCGCGAACUGGUUCAAAGUCUUGACAUACUUGGCCAGACACUUGAAGUUGUCCAGAAGACUUUCCAGAACCCUCAAUUUACCGAUUCUCUCGAAGACCUGUCCAAGAUUUCCCUCACUACUGUUUCCCAAAUUCAAUCCUGCUUACAGGGGUUUCUUGACCGGAUACGCAAAUAUGAGCCCAGCUUGGGUGCUAAUGCUUCAGGUAGUGACAAUACCUUGAGAAGUAUUAGCAGGAAGAUCCAGUGGAAACUCAAUGAGAAAGACGUUGACAAGUUCCGUACUGAGAUAGCGGGAUGCACUAUGACACUCAAAGUAUUACUAGAAGUCACUACAAUGCGGGUUUUGCAAAGGAACCAUAAUUCUUUAAUUCAAGAACGGUCAAAAACCGAGAGUCGUAUGGCCGUAUUGAUAAGUCAGUCAGCAGCAUCCCUAAAGGGCUACAUGAGCCAUCUAGGGCGACAACUUAUUUCCAAGCUGGAUAUGGUCAACAGGCUAGGCGUUGACCUCAAAAGGUCAACUACCCAAAUGAUGUCUAUGAUGUUUACGAUCACAGGGGACUUGAGUAGUAUUAGGGCUAUUGUCAUGCGCUUGGAGAGAGGACCAAGCGAAGAGUAUUUUGUGCUGGACGACAUAACCGGGAGGACCUUUCCUAUUCACCUCAAAACUAUCACGUCGUGGGAGAUGCUUGACUUUGUACUCAAGGAACGGUUCAAGGGCAGAAAGGGUGGUCGGCGGAUACAGCGCAAGCUUUACUCGCUACAAGAGGAUAACACGCACCGUGGGGUUGACUGGUCAACGCCUUGGGAAAGCGCAUUUUUGCCAUUUCAAAGGGUCACUAUGAGCCUUAUGUGCAAGGAAGCAAACCCGAAUAGCAUAGGUGAAAGGGAAGCUUCAAGCUGUCCAUUUUGUCACACAGUUUCAGAUGCCGAGACUGGAGUUGAAGUGGAAUGGCAAGUCCGAAAGUGUAAACGAUUCUUUACCCGAGUGGUUGAGAUUGAUGACGAUCCUUUACCAUAUGCCCCAACGGCUACACCUGGUGGAUCUGAUAUUCGCUUUGGCGAAUCAGCAUUUUCAACGGGUCUUAAACGACAGCGAGGUCAUGAUGAUUGCAGCGUCGAGGAAGAUGAGACGUGCUCUAAGUGCCACCAGUCGAAACGGCCUCAACAGGUUGAGGUAAAGGCCGUGCUAGGAUCCUCGCUGGCAGAUGGCAAAAAUCCCGAUGGCCUUUCGGAAAAGACCGCACUGCAGGAACAAUAUAACACUGCUGUAUUCGGUACCUCUGAUGCUGCCUCAUGCAAUAUGGAUGACGUGCAUCAGCAGAUCAAGGGAAUUCUAUCAUCAACGAUAUCGCAAUCUGGGCUUGGGGCCGAUAGAGGCCUGGCUGAAAAGGGCUUUGAAACCGAAUCUCGUUAA